AUGGUUUCCAUACUGCGAUCCUCCAUACUUUUAUUUGCGAGCUUCUUCUUGCUCUCUUUCUCAAACCUUUCAACGAUCAAUUGCUUGAGUUUCUCUUCGAAUUUUGUCGUUCCGGAAAACAUACCCGGAAACUUCAAGAAGUUUUUGACCGAUUUUUACACGGCAGUGGAUGCUUCUGAUGCACAGAAGUCUGUGUCUUACUUUUGUGAUAAACCAGUACCAGUAGUGGCUAGCUCAGGUAAAACAGUCAUAGGAAAAGCUGCUAUCAUCAAUAUUUUCAAGAACAAAGUUGCCGAUGCCACCUUUGAGAAAGUAAUCACGAGCGUGAAUCGUGUAGAGAGCAGUGAAGGACUUCAGAUCGUAGUUAAUGGAAGAGUUACAAAGACUUUAAAGAUUGGUGGCCAAAAAACUCAAUAUAACUAUUAUGCUAAAUUACAUUUCCUUGACCAACAAUACUAUGGAGUUCUCUAUAAAAUGGAAAGUAAGUUGUCGAGUUGA